AUGGCGGCAAGACCAGGAGAGGAUCUGGUAGCGACUUUAUUUGCAGAUAUACAUUUCUACUAUGGUUCUCCAGCUGCGAAACCGCCGCAUCAUCGCUUCGACAAGGGAUCGUAUGUGUACCUCUUCGAGAACGCUUCGCAGAAGAGGGCGCGCAUAGAGGUUGCGAAUAACGCUGGAACCGCGGAUCAAGAUGCCUUUACCGGGUAUCUCGAUGCUACUCAUGUCCAGUACUCGUAUAAACAUUCGACUCUGGUAACAUUGACUGUCCAGGGCGUGACAGAGCAGCAAAACUCGCCAGUAGAUGGCCAAGAUUGGCAUCUCCCAACUUUCGAUCUUCGGAACGAGACCAAAUACAUGUACAAGCUUCAUACGCUGGAUAUAUACUUCUGGAUGAAAGAGGACGCGGUGAUGUUUAUGAAUGGCAUCCGGAGGGUGCUACCGCAACAUCUAGUCUCCGUUCAGGAUGAGCCUUUUGCACCGCCACCCCAUCCAGAAGAUAUGAGUCCAGUCGUUCAGCAGUUGGAGAAUAUCGCUAUUACAGACCCUUCGUACCAGCAGGGACGUAGCCGUGACUCCCAAACGUCGACUGUGUCUUCGUUUCCAGGACCACCGGUCUCUGCCACGCCACAAGCUCAGGAAGCCUCCAAUUUCGCGCCGAUGGCCUAUAAUCCAGCCGCACCAGCUGCUCCUGAGGUUAUCAGACAUCGCGAGAAAACGCCCCCGCCGGAAGAUGGAGCUGUGAAUCCUCUCAUGGCAGCUGCAGCGUCAGACCAAGGUCAGACAUUUGGAGCUCCGUAUGGACAGCAAGGAUUCUCAGGACCCCCACAGCGGCAGCAGAGCAUUUCUGGACCACCUCAACAACCACCAGCCCAGCAAGGAUUUCCAGGACCACCACAGCGGCAGCAGAGCAUUUCAGGACCACCUCAACAACCACCCGCCCAGCAAGGAUUUCCAGGACCACCCCAACAACCACCCGCCCAGCAAGGAUUUCCAGGACCACCUCAACCACCACCCGCCCAGCAAGGAUUUCCAGGACCACCUCAACCAUCACCAGCCCAGCAAGGAUUUUCAGGACCACCACAGCAGGCCCCAUCCCAACCGCAGCAGCAAAGCUAUUUCACAACCGUCCCUCCCCCAGCCAGUGCACCACCGUCACAGUUCAACCAACCCGCGCAGAAAGCAGCUCCUACGUCUCCAUUCGCCCAGCACUUCCAAAACUCUUUCGCCCCUCCACCCACUGCCUCCGACGUCUCAAGUCCACACGCUCAACCGCCUCAAGCAGGUACCCCGCCAUCAGAUGCCGCUCCACCAGGCUACCAGCAGCAACGAAGAUCUUCCAACAUUCCCGUCAGCCAGUUCGCGAACUACCCAGGCUCGCCCGGAAUGUCGCCUGGUACGAGUACACCCGGAAUUUACUCUCCGGGAGUAGGCACUCCCAUCACAGGCCCGCCUGCUCCAGCACCGCACGUAGCCCCCCCGGGAGGAUUCUCCCAGCAUCAAUACGCGAGUGUUGGUAACACGAAGCCGUUGAUGACUGAUUACUCUAUUCAUCAGCAGGUAUAUAGACCAACAGAAAAUGAGGCUUAUAAGCCUGCGAAAGAGGUCAAGGCUCCGAGGGGAAAUCUGGAGAAGAGGGCUGGGCAGCUGGAGAAGGGCAUGGGGAGUUUAUUCAAGAAGCUGGAGAAGAAGAUUGGGUAG